CCGAGGCGGUGCCGCGCGCAGCAUGUGAGCUGCAGCCCUGGCGCUCGGAGCCACCGACCGCCAGCAUGGGGCCGGCGCUGCUCCUGGGGCUGCUUCUCUCCCGAGCCGGAGACCUCAUGGCUCUGCCCAGCAGUGACUGUGUUGUGGCAGAGCAGCUGUGCCUCUCUGACUCCACCUGCAAUGCCACGUACAGAACCCUGGAAAACUGUGCCCUGGCCAAGACUCGCCUCCUUUCACUGGAUCAUGAUAGCAGGGUCAGAUGUCUGAAUGCAGAGCUUGACCUCGGGAACAGCUCUUUGCUGCACUGCAAGUGUCACCGGCGCAUGAAAAAACAGGAGCACUGCUUACGCAUUUUCUGGACUGUUCACUCCAGCAUGACAGAUGGUUAUUUCAAUUUGGAGACCUCUCCCUAUGAGAAUCCAGCAAAUGAAGAACACUGGAAGACAGAUUAUAAUAAACUGGCAGCUCUGGUCUCAGGCUCACAGUUAGCAGGAGAUGCAACAAAUUCAUGCCUGAAAGCAACACACGUCUGUAAUCUGAGCAAGAAGUGUUUUCGUCUACGCACAGACUAUGCCUCCAUCUGCACCAAGGGAGCAGGAAGUGAGGAUGUGUGUGACCGCCGCAAGUGCCACAGAGGGCUAAGAAAUUUCUUUGAGAAAGUUCCUGAGGAUUUCACCAAAAGGAUCCUGUUUUGUCCAUGUCAAGAUGAAUUUUGUGGAGAAAGACGCCGGAAAACUAUUGUUCCUGAUUGUUCCUUUCAGUAUAACACCAAACCAAAUUGCCUUUGGCUCCUGGACUCCUGCUUAGAAGACCAUAUCUGCAAAUCCCGACUGGCUGACUUCCAACAAAAUUGUCAACCUGUAGACAUGUCUCCAGAUGGCUGCUCUCUGCACAACCAUGCUGCAUGCCUGCAGGCUUACAUGGGGAUGAUUGGCACACCCAUGACACCCAACUAUGUCAGUAACUCCAGUGUGGAGGUCUCCUUGUGGUGUACAUGUGAGAACAGCGGCAACCAGAAGGAGAAGUGUGACCAGAUACUCGGCAUGUUUGAGAGCAACAAAUGCCUUGAAAAUACCAUUUGGUCUCAAAUGCACCUGAAGCAGACAGCUCUAGAAAGACAGGAAGACUUACUCUAUUCAUCUUCCCUAAGCUUCCAAGGAGACAGUGCCAGCACAUCUCUCUCUUCAGACACGUCCCAGGUGGCUGAAGGGAAGAAGGAGCGAGACAGCUCCGUACAGAGCAGUAUGCCUAUAGCCUCCUCUGUAUAUUCUGGAGCUACUACUUCCUGGCCUUCCCUGGCUCUGUUCCUGCCCCUGUUGCUGAGCCCACAUUAACGUAGCAUAAACGGAAUCUUUCCUUCCCAUAUUAUUAAUAUUAUUCCAUAUCCAGGCAUGUCCCAAUACAGAUUUACCUUUGGGAAACAGAAGGCUUUCAGACAAGAGGAAUGGCCUUAACCCAGAAUGGCAAUCACUGGAAACCUCCAACAUACUUGCACCCUGCUUUCCCCCCAUCAGUUUGCACUGAGCUCUGCAGGUAUGGUUCUCACCAUUGCUUCUGCUGUGCACACAUUUUGAGUAACAGGCUAAUGUUCCAGCUUAAUAGGUUCAAUCAAAGGUCUGAUUUCUGUCAGAACUUCUGCAGAGUUUGGUUUCUGAUUGUAGGGAUGACCUGACAGUGUCUCCAACCACCCCACCAUCUGGAGCUCCUCCUCAGGCACACAAUCAUUGAAUGGUUUGGGUUUGAAGGGAUGUUAAAAAAUAAUUUAGCUUCAACCCCCAUGCCAUGGGCAGGGACCA